AUGUUUCUGAUUCUCCUGGCUCAAAUCGUUCAGAUCUCUGCGUCUCUUCAAAAAGUGAACAUCAGUGGACAAGUGGUUUGUGAAGGAAAACCGAUGGUUGCAAAAGUCUUUCUGAUGGAAUACGAUUUUUGUGAGUUGGCCUAAAUUCUCCUAGCCUACAAGCCUGAAUUGCAGAUAAUUGGAAUGAUAUCCUUAAUGAAACAACUUCAGACAAUCAGGGAAACUUCCAUGUUUCUGGAGAGGAAGAUGAAACAUUGACAAUUGAACCGUUUUUGCAAGUGGUUCACACGUGUCAGACAAAACCUGUGAGUUUCAGAUUUCUUGUUGGAAAUUUCAGCCCCAGGAUUUUUCAGAAUUGCUUCAGAACUCAACAAUUUGCCAUCCCGAAAUAUUUGAUCGGAAAAGAUAGGGGUGGAUUUGUUUUGGAGGUGAAGAAGACAGAAUCUUGGCAUACAAAUCAGUGUAAUAAUGUGUGUAACUAGAAUGAAGUCUGAGAGCUACAAUGCUCCGGGUUUACACCAUACGGUUUUGGAUUUUUAGAACAUUUUUGAUGUGAGAUGUGAGAAUUGACCACAAAUCACAUUUUGGUAGCAUGUAACUCAUGCUAUGUUAAAUUUUAUCAAAGAUUAAAUUCACAAUUUUCUCCAAUAUCUUUUCUUAACAAAUUGACUCUUUUGAGCAAUUUUUUGUAUUGACUUUCUGAUAAAAGUUAUUCUAUGAGUUAGAAGGCUACAAAGUCGCGAUUAUUCAAAAUUAUUCCAUUUUUGGCUAAUUUUCAGUCUUUCAGAGAGUCGUUCAACGAAAAUGAAGACGCGAUCUUCUUCAGCACAAAAAAUUCAUUUCUCAUUGAAAAUCGUCGAAUUCCUCCGAAUUCCACUCAAAAUUAAAAUUCACUAUCCAAAUCCCGCCCUCCGCUACAUUUAGAAAUAAAAACUCACUUUUUCCACUAGAAACUAUCGACAUCCCUCGAAUCGAUCGAUUCCUCAAAUUUUAAUCGAUUUUCUGAAAAAAAAAUUAAUGUAUUUCAUUUUCAUCGAAAAAAACCAACCUUUUUAUGAAAUCCACGUUGUCGCCGUGUCGGCUUUUGUUGGUGCAUCAUUUCCAUCCAAAUAAACACUGAAAAAAUCAUUAAUUAUUAUGUAAAACCGGCUGUAACAUGAAAAAACACCGGAAGAGAAAAAAAAAGAAAAAUUGAAAAUAACAAACUGCAAACACGGCGACGCACAAGUGCACACAAUAAUUUUUGAAUUUUUUUUUCGUUUUUUCUCAUUUUGAAAGUUUUUGAUGCUUUCCGAUGUAAAAUGUAUGUUUUUUCAGUGUUUAUUUGGAUGGAAAUGAUGCACCAACAAAAGCCGACACGGCGGCAACGUGGAUUUCAUAAAAAGGUUGGUUUUUUUUCCAUUUUUUCCAAUCCAUUCAUUUUUUCAGAAAAUCGAAUAA